UCAGGUAAGGUACGCGGAAGUCGUCAGCGGUAACCCGCUACCUGCCUAAUUCCCUCGUCGUUGUUCCUCCCCGGGCGCUGAUUAGCCACCCGCGGCCUCUAAUUAUCUCAUAAAUUGUUUAUUAGUCUCCAUUCAUGACAAUACCCUUGGUAUCUGGGUGGUACGGGAGUAUCACUCAGGUACUCAGGUACUCAGGUACUCAGGUACUCUACCACAACGCCCUGCUGCUGGCAUCUCUGAUUAUGAAGUGUGUUCCUUUGGCCUGCUGGUUCACGAUAAUUCAAUUAUUACCUUCGCGGGAGUAUUAUCAUUACAUACCAUCUGCUUUGCUGCUGCUGCUGCUGCUGCUGCUCCUCCUGCUCCUGCUGCUGCUGGUUCUCCUGCUGGUUCUCCUGCUUGCGAAACUAACUGACCAUUUUCAUUUCCAUUAUUAUUAUUAUAUUAUUAUUGCGACGAACUAUUCCUACCGGCGACUCUCUUACUACUACCCAGUCACUCACUCCCUCCCUCUCUCUCUCUCUCAUAUUGCUGUCCGAUUUUUUAAGCUACUACUGAUUUGCUCCUCCUUCUCCUCUCCGACGGACCUCUUUCUCCUCCCUACCUCCCAAUCUCUCUCUCCCCUCCUCCUCUUCCUCUCCCUCCUCUUUCUCGCCCUGUCCUCUCCCCCCCCUCUCUUCCCCCCCUUUUUUACGUGAUAGUGAUUGUGAUUGUGACAAACCCGUCUUCCCCUACUGACGGCCCUUCACCACCAACCAACCUAACCAACCUAACCAACCCACCACCUCCUCCCCAUUACCACUACCACCACCGCUAUCUACCACCGCUACCACCACCACCACUCCUCCCCGUCCCAGUUUUUAGUCCGCCCGUUUUCGGACUGCCCAACGA